AUGUCCAGCAGCCACGCUCACUAUCAACGAAAUGGUGCCGAUCCGCAAUCCGUGCGAUGCUAUAGCUACACGCAAGAAAAGCGAGGACGAGACGUCAGCAACGAGGAAGAUGAACUUGUCUACGGGCUUACAAAACGGGCAAGGACAGUAGGCCAGGUGCAUCAUAUGGCGAUCGAUGCGGAUCAGGCUUUGGUCAAGCUAUCGCAUGAGUUAUACACCGUGGGCUGGGUUUGUGCUCUUCCUCUUGAGAUGGCUGCAGCCCAAGCCAUGCUUGACUACGUACAUCAACCUCUCGACAUGAACCCAAACGAUAGCAAUGUUUAUAUGUUUGGCAGCAUCGGCCUGCACAACAUCGUCAUUGCAUGCUUGCCAUCGGGACAGUACGGCACAACCAGUGCGGCCGUAGUGGCAAACAAUAUGCGUUGGAGCUUUCCUUCUAUACAUAUUGGUUUGAUGGUUGGGAUAGGCGGCGGCGUUCCCGGCAAGGUCGACAUACGGCUGGGCGAUGUUGUGGUCAGCAAUCCGACAGCAGAUUCCCCGGGGGUCGUGCAGUAUGACUUUGGCAAAGCUGUGAACGAUGGUCACUUCGAACGCAUCGGCAAUCUGAACAAACCCCCACCGUCAGUGCUUGCGGCUGUCUCAAGGUUACGAGCUGACCACGAAGCAUGGCCGAGUCAAAUUCCGACAAUCUUGUCCCACAUGGAAAUGCGGAAUCCUUACAUGAUUGGAUAUUCGCAUCGAAAUGUAGAGGAAGACCGACUCUUUGAAGCAUCAUACGAACAUUCCGGGGAAACUUGCGACAGUUGCGACAGGUCCAAACUGGUAUCACGCGAUCCACGACCGACAGAUACCCCCAGUAUCCAUUACGGGAUCAUUGCCUCUGGGAAUCAGGUCAUGAAACAUGCUAAAACAAGAGAUCGACUUGCAAAAGACCUCGGACUGCUAUGCUUCGAGAUGGAAGCCGCAGGGCUAAUGGACAACUUUCCAUGCCUCGUUAUUCGUGGCAUCUGUGACUAUUCGGAUUCCCACAAAGCAAAGCGAUGGCAGAAAUAUGCCGCCGCCACCGCAGCAGCCUACGCGAAAGAGCUUCUCCUCAUCACGCCGGUCCAAGGGAAUUCCACUACACAAAAGCAGCCUGAAGUGUGUGACAUUGAAACACCACCAUCAGAUCGCCAGAGGCUUCUAGACUCCCUCAAGUUCAACCAAAUUGACAAGCGGCACGCCAAUAUCAAAGCCAACCACGCCAAAACUUGCGAGUGGCUCAUUGAUCAUCCUGACUACAUCGCCUGGAUAGAUCGCAAGAAGUACUCUCGGCAUCACGGGUUUCUCUGGAUCAGGGGAAAGCCUGGAGCUGGGAAGUCAACGAUAAUGAAGUUCGCCUUCACACGGGCGAGAAGGAGAACUUCAUCAAUGGGAACUUCCAUCUCUUUCUUCUUCAACGCAAGAGGCGAAGGUCUCGAGAAAACCACGUUGGGAAUGUAUCGAUCACUCCUGCAUCAGCUUUUUGAGAAAAUGCCUGACCUACAGGUUUUACUCGAUGCCAACGACGUUUCACCCUUGGACCAACAGGGACUUGUAGCGUGGGAUCUGGAAACGACCAAGACCCUCUUUCGUAGCACCAUCCGGAAACUCGGGCAGCGACAAUUGACUUGUUUCAUUGACGCCCUUGACGAGUGUGCCGAGGGUGAGGUCCGAGAAAUGGUCGAGGUCUUUGAAGACCUGGGACAGUAUGCUGUUCAGAAAGACCUCCGGUUCUAUGUCUGCCUUUCCAGUCGGCACUAUCCCUACAUCGACAUUCAAUACGGCCAAAAGCUCAUCCUCGAAGACCAGAUUGGUCAUGGGGAAGACAUCGCAAAUUACGCACGCAGUAGUCUCAAGGCCGGUACCGGAUCUAAGAGUGACGAAGUCAUAGCCGAAAUUCUUCGAAAAGCCUCUGGUGUCUUUAUGUGGGUCGUAUUAGUCGUCGACAUAUUGAACAAAGAGUACAAUGGGGGUCGCGUGUUCAAAAUCAAGAGCCGCCUAAAGGAGAUCCCGUCCAAACUCAGUGAGCUCUUCCAAAACAUGCUGACGAGAGACCAAGAGAACCUUGAUGAUUUGCUUCUAUGCAUCCAGUGGGUUCUCUACGGUGCACGACCUCUGAAACGAGAGGAAUACUACUUCGCCUUGGCCUCCGGCUUGGAGCCUGAUACCUUGGGGGAAUGGGAUCCCAAUGAGAUCCCACAUGAAUUCAUGGAUCGUCUGAUCGUCAGCUCAUCCAAAGGACUUGCUGAGACAACGAGAUCCGAUGACAAGACGGUUCAGUUCAUUCAUGAAUCAGUACGAGACUUUCUUCUCAAGGACAACGGGUUGCGUAAUCUCUGGCCAGAAUUGGGCGCCGAUUUCGAAGCCCAAAGCCAUAACAGAUUGAGGGACUGCUGUCACGUAUACUCGAGUCAAGUAAACAUAUCCGAACACUUGCCAGAGAACGAAUUUCUAUUGGACUCAUCCAAGGAACAAGCCGCAGAAAUCAAAGACCAAGUCGAACAAGGCUUUCCAUUUCUAGAGUACGCAAACAGUCACGUACUCUACCAUGCCGAUGCCGCUGCCCAGACAGCUCCACAGAUCGAGUUCUUCCAAACCUUUCCAUUGGACCAAUGGAUCCAGAGAAGCAAUCUUUUCGAAAAGCAUAAAACUCGGAGGCACCAGCCCAGCUCCACGAGCCUGUUGUACAUUGUUGCAGAGAAGGGGUUAGCGAACCUAGUCGGCACAGCGCUCCGCCAGACCUCAGAUGCCGAAAUACGCGGAGGCCGUUAUGGCUUUCCACUCCUUGCAGCUCUGAAGGAGGGCCAUGAAAAGGCAGCAAGCUUGUUGUUGCAGUGUACUGCAAGUUCCGCAACACAAGAUCGAUCUACUUCAUAUAAUACCCCGGGAUCCGAUACCAGCACCCAAGUCCCCCCGAGCAUCGACUGCAUGGACAAAGAAGGGCACAUUGCACGACUUUUGAUUGAGACAGGCGUCUGCGUCAACACGGGGUAUGAGGACAAUGUCACGCCUCUACUAGUGGCAGCCCUGAAUCUUCAAAAAUCCUUCAUCGAGUUCCUUCUUGAUAAUGGAGCAGACAUCAAUGGAAGAGAUUCCCGUGGGCGAACACCUCUUCACAAGGCUUGCACAGAAAGGGGGGGCUCAGCAGCUAUAAAUCUUCUGCUCGAAAAAGGCGCACACGCUCACGCACAAGACAUUGAUGGAAACACCCCAUUAUUCGUCGCCGUAUUACGUGGCAAUGAGUCCGCUGUCGUUACUCUACUGCGCCACAGCAGUGUCAAAGUCCAAAAAGAUGAUGACGGAAUUACAUUCUCCAAUGAAGGAUUGCAGCAAGCAGUCGGUAACGGACUUCUAGAGCACAGGCACUUAGUGAACAAGCAGGGACAGACCCCUCUCUUUGUGACUAAACCCGACAUGUCGGACCAUGUUUUGGGUGAGCUAUUGGAUGCAGAUCUGGAUCCUGCGCAUCAAGAUGAUGCGGGUCAAAACUUCCUCCACGAGGCGUGUAAGAGGGAGCACGCAACCUCCGAAUAUCUUGAAUGUGUCGAAAAGGCCAUUCAGAAGGGUCUUGAAAUUGACGGACGAGACUACAAAAGUCGAACCCCACUUAUGAACGCCGCCAACAAGAUGAGUCGGAGCUUUGUCGAUUUUCUGCUUCAACAUGGGGCCAACCCCAACGCGAGGGACGAUGAAGGCCAUACACCACUAUCCGAGGUCGUUUCUUCUACAAUGUGGAUCUAUUCUCCACGCGACUUACCUGUAGUUCGCAGCCUUCUCGACGCAGGUGCUGAUGUCACAGAAUCAGGCCCGGACGGUGAAAAUUUAGUGGCAAUGGCUAUUCGGCUGGGGAAGAAUGAUGUGGCAGAAUUGCUUAGAGCAAGGAUAGAGAAAGUCGGUAUCACUACAUGA